AUGUCUGGCAAAGACCCCAUCACCUGCCACGUGCUGGACACCACCGCGGGCAAGCCAGCCGCCAACAUCCAUGUUACCCUGAUUGCCCCCUCGUCCGUCGCCUUCGAGUCCACCACGGACGCCGACGGACGCGUCAAGCUCUGGCUCCCCGCCUCGCCCUCGUCAGGCCAGGCCCCGACCGUGAGCAGUGUGCUGGGCGGGAUCAAGGGCGCCUCGCGAUGGACACUCAAGUUCGACACGGAGGCAUAUUUCGGCGAGGGAAAGACCUUCUUUCCCGAGGCGACUGUUGUCUUCCGGGUGGAGGAGGGCCAAAGCUACCACGUGCCACUGCUGUUGAGUCCAUUCAGCUACACGACCUACAGAGGCUCUUGA